CCAAGACCAAACUUUCCUUCCCAUCCAACGCGUCCGAGAAGCUUCUUCACUUUUCUAACCCACCAUCGCCACUGCGCGCACCGAGCAUAAACAUUUCUUUCCACGGUUUUCCCUAGUCUGCAGGCAGCUUUUGCUUUAAUUAGAUCGCUUUUUCACCACCAUCCGACCCACGGCCUCUACGUGCCUCUGCCUAAUCUCCUUACACUCAACCCCCGACACAAGAAGCACAAGACAGCAAACCAUCCCUCCCGAACAAUCCGUUACACACCAAAAGGAGCGCAAACCCUAGACCACCAGCCCCAUCAUCACCAUCUCGAUCCAACCUUCCAUCCACAACCCACAGUCACACCACCGCAAUCAUGGCGCGCAACUCCGAAAAAGCGCACUCGAUGCUCUUCCGCUUCCGCGCGCAGCAAGCCGCAGAAGCGGGCAUCAUCGACAUAUCGCGCGCACGACGGCCCAAGCUCAUAACCUCCAUCACGUCCAUCCCAACAUGCGAGAAGUGGCGGUCGCAGGUGCUCAAGGAGAUCUCGCGCAAGGUGACCAAGAUCCAAGACGACGCGCUGUCGGACUUCCAGAUCCGCGACCUCAACGACGAGAUCAACAAGCUGAUGCGCGAGAAGCACAUGUGGGAGCACCAGAUCCGCAGCCUCGGGGGCCCCAACUACAUGCGCGGCGGGAGGGUGCUGGAUGAGGACGGUAGGGAGGUGCCUGGUGGAGGGAAGGGGUAUAGGUAUUUUGGCCGCGCGAGGGAGUUGCCGGGUGUGAAGGAGCUUUUUGAGAGGCAGGUUAGGCCCGAGGACGAGAAGGAUGAGAAUAGGGAGAAGAGGAGCGAGUUGAGGCAGAAGGUCGAUGCGGCGUAUUAUGGGUAUAAUUUGGAUGAGGAGGAUGGUGCGCUUUUGGCGUACGAGCGCGCGAAAGAGAAGGAAGCGUGGGAUAACUUCAUGAUGCUUGAUGAUGAGGUCGCUGAUGGCGCGGUGGUGAAGGCUGGCAAGGAGUGGAUCGAGAUACCUGGGGACGCUGGAGAUGGCGUAGCUUGGAGGUUACCCAGUCUCGAGGAAGUCGACCAGGAGUUACUGGAACGACGAAGGAGGAAGCUUUUGGAGAAGCUUGGAUGAAGAAAUGAUGUACGGUUUUGGGUAGAAUCAUCGCAUCCUACCAAAUCUGCGACUUUUUUCUUUUUCGGGUGGUAGGCGGCGUUAUAGGAACCAGAUCGUACCCAGGUAUCGGGACAGGGAAUGGAAAGGGGCAGACUGAUACCCUUUGUCGGAUGCCGGCAGAAGCUCCUUUGUAAUAUCAAUAUGACUUAAACCAACUUUUGGCGCAGGGAUUACUGCGACUCAAAGGAAACACUCCAAUGCGGGCUAGAUUUCUCACUUUUGUCUACAUAGCAGCAGCAGCAACAGCAGCGUGGGGAGUCAGCAGAAGAAAAGUCUUGUACAGCUCAAGGUUAUUAUAUAAAACCUCAAAUCAGCUCUGUUUGUGGUCUA